CGGGAUGCGAUGCACUCUGUAGAGGGCUUCUGGUAGCUGUAGACGCAGCGACGUAAAGCUAGUUUUAUUAUUCCAGUUUUAAUUGCGAGUCGGAGGAGAACCAUUUUACAGGCGUUUGUUUAAGAGCGUUAUGUGUCCCCGGUGUUAACGUAGAGUCGACCGUCCGCCGUUGAAAUGAAGAAAAAGAGCUCCGAGAAAAAACGCCAUGUGGUGGCAUGGACCAACAAAGCUGAGUGGGACCAGGUUCUGGAGUAUCUGUACUCGAAGGACUCCGCCUUGCAGAGGUACGCCCUGCAGAGGAUAUCGGCGUGGAAAGGCCGGUAUGCCAACAGCACCCCUGUGGCAGUGGACUGCACAGCGGACCUGGUCAGGUGCCAGGUGCUGGACCGGUCCGGACAGCUGGACGGGGAUGAUCUGGUCUUGCUUUAUGGAGCAGGACUGGUGAGGUUCGUCAAUCUGAUCACGGAGCGACAGCAGGGCAGAACAGCCCGCCCACUGAGGCGGCUGGCUGGGAACUUAAACAUCCCAGAGUGGGUCGUGGACCUGAGGCACGACUUCACACACAGGAAGCUUCCUUCCUUGAAAUGGUGUCGAAAGGGAUGCAAGGUGGUCCUAGAGUGGCUCCAGCAGGAGUACUGGUCCAGGCAGUUGGGAGGUGGGCCUAAUGAGGACUGGGAGUCGGAGUCGGAUGGAGAAGAGGAAGAGAGUGACCUAAAACGCCAAGAGGACGAGCUCCUUGCCAGGCAGAAAGAAAUGGAGGCCUACAAGAAUGCACGCGAACUUCUGAUAUCUUUUGAAAAGGAGCAGUACCAGGCUUUUAACGGGCUUCCUGAAGACAAAGAGAAGAACUUGUGGCCCGCCCCCUUUGCAGACAUGAGCUGGCUACUAGGGGAGAUCAAGCAGUUCGCUUUGCAGUCAAGUAAUCUGCUGGUUGAUGUCCUGCUGGAGGACGGGUUUCUAGUUCCUACUGUGGAGCAACUGGAGACGUUAGGCUGCGAUCCGUCUGACAACGCCAGUCCCACUGAACCCAGGCUCGCUCAAACCUUCCUGCGUUUUUGGCUGCCCCUGCUCAAGAUGCUCAACUCACCUGCUUUUAUUCAUCUUCUUCUGGAGAAGCUGUUUGGUGAAUUGAAAGUGCUCACCAAAGAGCAGAAUCAUCACAGGGCUUUCUAUCUUUCUGGUUGGAUUGCAGAGAUCAUCCUCUGUAACGGCAACAAAUUUGAAUACCAUUUUGAAACAAAGGGACAGAAGAAGGCCAGAAUGAAGGACAGGGUCUUUGUAAACCGCAUCCAGCUGAGGUGGCAGCAGCUGCUCUCAGCGUGCCUGGAUGCUCCCUGCAUCUGCACGCCUCAUUUGCUCCAGUUAAUCCUGGACGACAUGGAGCAUCCUCUCCCUCUGGAAACCCGACAGAGGCUGUUCCAGCUCUGCUCCAUCUACACACAGUCUUCCCAUUCAGAAUGCGAUUCUUCUCCGGCCCUGACUCAGCAGCCCAUAUACACGCUGGAGAGUCUGCACGAGAAGCUGCAGCGGUCUCGCCGCCGCUCCGCGGCUGCAGCGGAGAGGAGCGAGUCCUCCCAGGAGUACAGUUGGGCAGAUACUCACGCCGAAAAAGCCAGAUUGCUCAGAGGUUCUCCGUGGCAGCUGUGCAGCGACAAGGUUUUGUGGAAGAACUAUCCUCUUGGUAAAGUCCCUGGACAGUCCGAUGACCCCUCUUGCCUCAUGGUGGAGAACUACUCCACCAUGACUGUGUUUGACCAGCCGGUGGAGUUGGAGAGCAACACAACGCACAACGUCACAGGAGCCCCAGUGAGAACAGCUGAUGGCCUUCUGUGGAACCACAGUGAUGUUAACAAGCUCAAAUCCGGACUGCAACUUUUUUGAGUUGUGAAAUAUAGUCCUUUUAGCCUCUGACACAUUGUUGAACUUAUGGAAAAAAAUGGAAACAAAAUGUUCAAAAUAUGUUCACUUCAAUACUUAACGGUUUGUUGCAGGAUAACUGAUGUGUCAAGCAGCGUGCGGGUCAUUUAUCAUUUAUCUUAAUGCCAGACAUAACUGGUUACAGCAUCUUUAAAGUGAGGAUUUGCUGUUUUUUUUUUGUUGACUAUUGUUUAGGAGAGCAACUAAUAAUUAGUUUUUAGUACAAAGUCUUUUCUCGAUUAAUAAAAUGUCAGAAACCACUGAAAAUGGCCAUUAUAAUAUCCCAGAGCCCACGCUGACAUUUAAAAAAAUAAAAUAAGAAUUCAUGUUUCUGACAUUUUGCAGACCAAACAAUUCAUAAGUUAAUUUAAAAUAAAAACUAAUUAUUUGCAGCCCUAAUGUAAAGCAUUUGCAAAUCUCCUCAUGUUGUAUUAGGAAAUAUGUUCGGUAUUAGACAAUGUCACGAUUCAAUUCAAAAUCGAUAUUUAUUAUAGUCAAAAACGAUUCUCAAAAAAAAAAAAAAUCACAGUAUGUACUUGUUACUUUUCCCAUGUGAUUAUUAUUAUACACCAUUUCAAAACUAAAUUUAAAAAAAUAUAUAUAUUUAUGAAUCGAUUUUGAAACGAUAGAGCUUGAUUUUGUUUUGGUUUUUUUGCACACCUCCUAUGUUAUAUGCUGUCUCAAUAUUUCCAACUGGUGAAACGUGCCGAGAUUUAACACGUCUUAUGAAACAUCAUAUACUGCACGUGACAAGGGAAGAAUGUGGGGUGGAGUUUGGAUAUGGUUGAUUCAUUAUGAUGGUGUACAGUUUAAAUUUCUUUCACCAGUCAUGCAAGUGAACUUCCGCUGUUCAUACGUCACCGUCGUCGGCCCCUACCAAGUGUUUUGGAGUCGGUGCCUUUCAGUUGAAAACCUUUUGUAGAGAGGGUAUUGUUGUAAACACAAGGUAGUUUUUUUGUUAUACUUUUUCUUCUGCGCACUCAUGUUCAAUAAAA